AUGAAUUUUAAUCAACAUGUGUAUGAUGAACAAGAACAGACAUUACAACGACAGAAUAUUGAAUUAGAUGAUCGUGUAAAACGAUUUGAACGACAAUUAGAAGUACUAAAACUAGAUCAACCAAAAGAUCAUGAUAAAGAAUUAAUUAAACGAGCUUUAGCUAAACAAGCAAGUAAAGAUGCUGUUGAAUAUCAAAAAUUAUUAAAACAAAAAAAUCAAGAAAUUGAACAAUUAAAUAUUCAACUUGAACAAUUGUCAAAAUUCAAUCUUUUUGAACCAGCUCUACGUCAAGCAAAUAUAGAAAAAUUAUAUCUUGAACGACGUCUUUUAGUUUCAACAACAUCAUCAUCAUCAUCAUUAUCGUCAUCAUUAUCGUUGAACUCGAGAACAAAUGCGCCCCCUUCGACUACUCAUAAUGUUCCAAAUAUUAAUGAACAACAAUCUUAUACAACACCAACGAAUAGUCGUUCAAGAGCUGAUUCUUCAACAACACAAUCUAUUGAUCCUUUUCUUUAUCAAGCAUUACAAGAUACGAAUGAAGCAUUAAAAAGUGAAGUACAACGUCUGACACGGUCUGAUGAAGAUAACGUCGGAAAACUCAAAUUACAGCUUCAAAAAUAUACUGAACUUGAUGAAGCACAUAAACAACUUCAAGAUAAAUAUACAAAUCUAUUUGAUGUUGAAGAACAUUUUAAUGAAUUACAAACAAUAUAUAAAAAUGAAAAAUCAUCAAAUGAAUAUUAUUUACGUGAAAAUGAACAAUUAAAAAAUCAAAAUGAACAUUUACUAAAUGAAUUAGCACGUCUAACACAAGUUGAAACACGUGAUCGUACACGUUCAAUUGAACAAGCUGAUUUACGUCAUCAAUAUGAUCAAUCAAUAGUACAAUAUAAUGAACUAAAAUUAAAUUAUAAUGAAUUAAAAGAAAAAUAUCAAGAAAAUCAAAUUAGUUAUGAAAAUGAUAUAAAAUAUCUUAAUGAUGAUAUAUUAAAAUUUCGUUUAGAAAAUGAACAAUUACAUACUGCUAAUGAUUUAUUACAUGAUGAAAGAAAUCAAAUGAAAGAAUCACAUGAAAUAAUAUUAAAAAAACGUUUAGAUGAAAUAAAAUAUCUUCAAAUUGAAAAUCGUGAUUUACAAACAAUAAGACAAAAAUAUAAUGAAGAACGAGAAACAUUUCAAGCAAUUGAUUUAAGAAAAACACAAUUAGAAAAUGAUCUUUUAACAAUGCAUGCUGUUGAAGAUCGUUGUCAAGACUUACAAACAACUGUUGAACGAUUGGAAUCGGAAGUUCAACUUAGUAUCAAAGAGCUCGAGAGUGCCUCAAUGCUAAACACGCAAAUGCGCGCUGAAAUUAGCAAUGCAACAAAUACUAAUGAACGGUUAACACAAGACUGUGAUCGAUAUCGAACAAGUUUACUAACAAAAUGUGAAGAAUAUGAAAUAAAACGACGUGAAAAUGAACAAUUAGUAAAUAAAAUUCAUGAAUUAGAAUCAACAAUUAAAUCUCUUCAUGAUACAAAUGAUUUACAUAAACAAUUAAAUGUUGAAAAUGAAGUUAAUAAAUUAGAAUUAAAAAGAAAACAAGAUGAUUUUGAACAAUUUCAACAAAUGCAUGAUGUAACAAAACAAGAAAAUCAAGAAACAAUUCAUUUACUUGAAGAAAAAAUUCAUGAUCUUGAACGUAAAACUGAAUUACAAUCAUUAAAGCAUGAAGAAAUUCUUCUAGAAUUUGAAUCAUUAAAAGCACGACGUGAUCGAAUAUUACCAUCAUCAACAGGCAUAAUACAUUCAAAUAAUCAUACAAAUAUAUUUCCAUUAACACAUCAUUGGCCAAUGCCAACAAUGGUUGAUUCUCAAACAUCACCAACUGAUGAUAAUAUACCUCCUAUACCGUCACCAUUAGUUCCACAACGACCAUUAUUAAAAUCAACUGGUAGUCAAUCUAUAUCAAUCAGUGAAAAUCAAGAAAUAAAACCAAAAUCUUGUACAAAUAAUCAAACAGCUCAAAUAGUUAUAGCAAAAUAUUCUUAUGAACCAUUACAAUGUUCUCCAAAUGAUCAUCCAGAAGUUGAAUUACCAUUAAAUGUUGGAGAAUAUUAUCUUAUUUAUGGUGAUGUUGAUGAAGAUGGAUUUUAUGAUGGAAGAAAUUUAGAAGGUCGUUAUGGUUUAAUACCAUCAAAUUUUAUUGAAAAAGUAACAAAUUCAAAUGAUUUACCUGAAACAGUUCGACAUAUAAUUCAACGAUUAACUGGAAAAAUAUUUUCUGAGGAAACACUAGUACCUCGUCGUGAACCAACUAUAAGUGGUGAGUCUGAUGUAUUUACUUCAAACAUAUUGACUAAUACUCCAACAACAUAUCGAAAACAAACAUCAACACUGAAUGGAAAUCCAUCAGAUAUGUCGACAAUCAAUGGUCUUACAUUUGGUAAACAUGUUCCUUGUCCUACAAAUCUUCGUGUAGAAAAAUAUCUAACAAAUAGUAUAUUAAUUGCAUGGAAUCCUCCAUCAUCAACAACAAUACAAAUUUUUGGUUAUCAAAUAUUACUUGAUCAUUCAUUAUAUAUAACAAUACGUGUUAAUGAACGUACACGUGCAUUAAUUGAAAAUAUUAAUUUAAAUGAAAAAUUUCAUCGUAUAAGUAUACGUACAAUAAGCCAACAUGGUUUAUCGCGUGAUCAAGAAUGUACAUUAUUAUUAACAAUACCCACUGUAAAUGGAAAUUUAAAUGAUUUAUCAUAUGCCCCAAGUGAUUUACGUGUGGAUAGAAUAAAUCAAACAUCAGCAGUUGUUUCAUGGUGGCCAGCAUCAAAUGAUAUUGUACAUAAAUUGUUUGUUAAUGACAUUGAAGUUCAAACACUUAAAGCUGGAGUUUAUCGUUUUAAAUUAUCUGGUUUAUUACCAAAUACAGUACAUAAAGUAACAAUUAAAGCUAAGCCAAAUAAUAUAACAAAUACACAACAACCAUUAGCAGCUUCAAUUGAAUUUUGUACAACAUCAUUUGAUGAAUCAAUCGAACCACCUAAGCGUGUACAAGCUAUAGCUGGUCCACAAUCGAAUACUUUACUUGUAUCAUGGGAACAACCUUCAUCAACAACAACAACAGCUCGUGGUUAUCGAGUUCUUGUCGAUGGACGACAAAUACAAGAUAUAAUUAAUUCAUUAAAUGAUCAUAUUGUAAUCAAUAUGAAUUCAUUACAUCAAGGAAGAUUUUUAACCGUUCGUACAUUAACAGAAAAUGAUGGUGAAUCACACGAUUCAAUUCCAAUAGAUCUUGAUGAAAUAUUAAAAAAAUUGGAUGUGGAUGUUCCAUCGACAACAGUAUCUGUUCUUCCAGAAGAAACAUUUGAUAAAGAAUCUAUACCACUUACUGCAUCUUCUUCAUUAACAUUAAGAACAACAUCAGAUGAAGAACUAACAAAUCCUGAACAACAACUACUUUCAACACCGCCUGCUAUCAUCGAAACUCAACAAAAGUCAUCUUCUCGUCCACAAGAAAUACCUUCUCCAUCCGCAGCUUCAAUUUCGUCAGUAAAACACCCUUCUACAAAUAUUUCACAAACAACAUCAAAUAUUUCACUACCACAACCACAAAUAAAAUCUACACCGACAAAUCCCGAUAAAAUCCGCCCAAUAACAAAAACUUCUACACGACCAAUAGGUAUACCACCAAUACAAUCUCCAUUAAAAUCUUCAUCAACAACAUCAUCAGUUAAUACUGAUGUACCACAAAUUGAAAUUAAUUCUCCAAGUCCAAAUAGUCCUGGAAUGACAACAACAACAGCAGCAGCAACAACAACAACAACAAUAAAUACAACAGUAAAAUCAAAAACUGAUAAUCGUGAUCAUCAUGAACAACCACAACAACGUUUUGGUUAUGAUAAUUAUAUAAAACAAUCUGAAGAUUCUACAUCACAUAUUAAAUCUAGUAAUAGUCCAAGAAAAACAUCAAAAACAUCAACAGCCAUAUCAUCAAUUAAACAACGUGAUCAUUCAGAUUCAAGACGAACAACAACAGCUACACCAAUGAAUGGUACUCCAAAUAUGAGUAAAACAAAAGUUUCAUCACCACGUCAUGCAUCAACAUCAUCUGAAGAACAACAUGUUAUACCACCAACUCCAAUGAAAACUGUUAAAUUAAAAGAACAAAUUCCAACACCAUCAGUUUCAUCAGUCAAUAGUCAUUUAUAUAAUAAAACAAAUAAUCCACCACGUUUAUUUAUUGCUUUAUUUGAUUAUGAUCCAAAUGCUAUGUCACCUAAUAAAGAUAAUGAAGAAGAAUUACCAUUCAAAGAAGGACAAUUAAUUCGAAUUUAUGGUGAUCAAGAUGCUGAUGGUUUUUAUGUAGGUCAAACAGAAAAUGGUCGUACAGGUUAUGUUCCCAGUAAUAUGGUAUCAGAAAUUCAACUAGACGAUGCUGAAAUUGAGGCACAUUUACUUGCGGGUACAAUAAAUUUAGAAAAUCCCAAUCGUGUGACAUCAGCAACAGUAACAGCAGCAGCACCAACAGCAGCACCACCACCACCAACAACAACAACAAAACGAAUAUCACCUGCAACAAAUUUAUCGAAUGUAAAAUCACCGAUACAAUCAGUAAAAAAAAUGAUUUCUAUGUUUGAUUAUAAUCCAAGUGAAAAUUCUCCAAAUAUUAAUCCUGAUGAAGAAUUAUCAUUUCGUUCGGGUGAAAUUAUUUAUGUACAUGGAAAUGUACAUGAUGAUGGGUUUUAUUUUGGUGAAUUAGAAAAUGGAACAAAAGGUCUUGUACCAUCAAAUUUUCUUAAAGAAGUAUCAUUAAUAAAUAUAGAUGAAAAUACUGUUCAACAAGAUAAUGAACAAAUGAUUACAAAUGAAAAUAAAAAAACAUCUUAUCGUCGGUAG